GCGCAAAUAUAAUGAUGAACAUCAAAGAAGAAUGAACAAAAAGAUUGAGAAUUGGAACGAAAGUCAAGAAAGGGAAGGCUUGAAAUGUUGAAUGCUGGAAAUUCUUGCUAAUCCUUAGGCCACUCAUCCUUGAAUCACGCCUAUAAGUAGCGACACAACUUGGGCAAUUAUCUCACAACUCACUAAACCAGUUUAGUUUACAAUAAUUUUGCUCAAAUCUUUAGCUCGUUUUUCAUAUAUACUAAGGCCAAAAACACACAAUGGGUGUGACUACCUAUACCGAUGAAGUGACAACUCCCAUUGCAGCUGAAAGAUUGUUCAAAGCUUUCUUUGUGGAGUCAAAAAACCUCUUCCCAGAGCUGUUGCCAAACCUUAUUACGAGCAUUAAAUUUAUUGAGGGUGAAGGUGGUGCCGGAAGCAUUAAGCAGGUUGAAUACCUUGAAGGAGGCACACCGAAGAACAUGAAAACCAAGAUAGAUGAGUUUGAUGUGAAGAAUUUGGUGUGCAAGUACAGCAUUUUCGAGGGAGAUAUGAUUGGAGGCGAGCUUGAGACUAUUUCCUACGAUGUGAAGAUUGAAGCUCGUGGCGAUGGAGAGUGUACUUGCAGGACCAUAAGCAAGUAUCACACCAAGGGUGAUUCUGUUAUUAAUGAAGAGGAAAUGAAGAGAGGCAAAGAGAAAUCUGAG